AUGAAGGCAUUACUGCAUCCUUUGGUCGUUCUGGGGCUAAGUGCCGUCGCCCACUCCUCCAAUACCCCUCCCAAAAUCACGCCCAAAUCGCUACAGAAUGAGGCGAACUACACGGCACCCUACUUUCCUUUGCUCGGCUUCGAGCAGUACGCGAACAAUCCUAUCAUGAGACCCGAUCCCAAUCAUGCGUGGGAGUCCGAAUACCUCUACAACCCAAGCGCCAUCGUCCUCGACGACAAGGUCUUUUUGCUCUAUCGCGCCCAGGACAAGCAGAAAACAUCCAGCAUUGGUCUUGCCUGGUCUAGUGACGGAUACAACUUCACCCGGUAUGACCAGCCUGUCAUCUACGCCACGGAGCCAUAUGAACGGAGCGGUGGCUGCGAGGAUCCUCGCGUCAUUCGUGUGGACGGCACAUUCUACCUAACCUACACGGCCUACGACGGAAAAACGGCCCGUCUCUGUCUUGCUACAUCGACCGAUCUCGUUCACUGGAAGAAAUACGGCCCGAUGCUACCCGAUUUCACCGAAAUUGUCUACAAUUGGCGCCAACCUGUGACGUACUUCUCUCCGAACCCCAUCGGUUGGACCAAGAGCGGCGCCAUCAUUGACGAGAAACAGCCUGAUGGGUACUACUACAUGCAAUUUGGAGACACAUACCUCUACACUGCUAACUCGACAGACUUGAUCAACUGGGAGGUCUCAGGCUAUGGUCAACCAUUUGCCCCACUUCUGAAUGUCUGGGAGCAGGCUCUAAUGGAAUCUGGACCGCCCCCAAUCAAGACGCGAGAUGGCAAGUGGUUAAAGAUCUACAAUGGGAUGUCCACAGGUGGUGUUGGCGGUUAUGCAGUUGGGCAAUAUAGCACCGGACAAAUGCUCAUUGAUCCGGCGAAUUCACCACUAGGCCCGCCUAUUGCGCGCCUCGAGACCCCGCUCUUGCAGCCGACAACGGCAACUGAGAUCACCGGACAGGUGGAUAAUGUUGUGUUCAGUGAGGGAUUGGUGCAGUUCAGGGGCAAGUGGCUGCUCUAUUUUGGAUCGGGAGAUGCGUUCCUGUCUGUUGCACAAACCCCUGUGCAGCCGAAAAACAUCUCGAUGUGA